AUGUCGUCGAUGAGCAAUCAACAACAGCAGCCGCAACCUCGAAGAAAACGAUUCAUUCCUAAAUAUGAAGUGGAGGGAGUACACAAAGUUACUCUUAGCGAAGAAACCCAAGCUCAAAUAGAAAUGCUUAUAGGAACUCAUAUCAAUGCGCAGUACCCAUGGAAGUUUGUUAGCAAGGCAAAAAUCAUGGAAUCUAUUGAUCUCGGUGGUGAACUCUCAGAAUUUUUUUCAUUGCAGAAAGAGUUUGAGGAAUACACCGAAGAAGAGGUACUAAUGGGCUACAUAGUAGACGAAUCAAAGAAUACAGAUGAUUUUUAUGUGUGUGUUACUAUAGAAGCUCGAGACCAUUGUAAGCAGCAGUCUGACAGAUUUAUAAGAAGGCAAGAAAAAAAACUAGAAAAGGCAGUACAAAAGAAACCUAGGCCUUGGAUAAGUUUGGGGAGUGAAGAGGAAAUACUUGAACUAGAGCCUGUCAAUAAAAGAACUUUAAUGGAGUUGGAGAUAAAAGCUAAGUUUCCUACUGAAUACCAACCUGAUAAAUUUACUGUUAGAGACAGCAGCGAUGUCAGAGAUGGGUAUAUAGAGUUAAAGCCAUACAGACAAAAGUUUAAUAAUGUAUUCCGUCGAAGAGUGGACUGUGGGUCCCAGAUUACUCCUGCUCUUGUAGAUAGAGUUGCUCAAACACAACUAAGGUAUCCAAAAAAUAUGUGGACGCAGUCUAUUGCUGAUGCUUUAGGACAAAUGGGAGAUACAGAAGGCGGCGGUGAUGCUAGUCACAUAGCUCUUGUAGAGGAGGACUACGAUGACGACAAAAGUUCAGAUGAUGAGGACAAUGUAAAGAAGCCGCCCGUUGAUGAAGUAGGUCUGGCUACAUAUAGAGCAGCAAUGAGGCGCAUGCGUCGCCCAUCCUAUAUGAAAAUGAUCAAUGGUUUUUUGUCAUCACGAGUGAGCGAAAUGGAGUCCAUGAUAGAACUUAAUGCAGUAAUGGAUAUGUACUAUAAUGACUAUCCAAAUCUUGUUACCCAAAAAUAUGUUGAUACCCUUGGUACUAUGACCUUUGAAGAGUAUGUUUGUUUCACAGAUGUUAGAGCCAAAGACAAGUAUGUCUCUAGCGCAGUAUUUCAUCCCAUGUGGUCUGGCAUUGUAGCAAUUUCUUACGCUGAUGGGUCUCCGACAGUUAUGAAAACACAUACCACCCCACGUCAAGAUCCAAUUCAAAGAGCAGUAUAUGGUUUAAAUCCCGUUAUGAUUUGGAGUCACAUAGAUAGUUUAAUACCAAAACUAUAUUUGGAGGCACCCCGCGAAGUAAAAGUUCUAUCAUUCUGCCCAUUUAAUGAAAAUAUUCUGGUUGGCGGUUUGAUUAAUGGACAAAUUGUGAUAUGGGACUUAACUAAUAAACUAGAAAACGUUGAAAAAAUUGAAGUUCUUAGUGAAACGAGAGAAAAAUACCGAAUCGCCAUGAAUGCUCACAUGGGCUGGAUGAAGACUGUGCAGGACAGGGCUGUAGUAAAUUGUACAGCUUGUAGUAGUUUGAUGAAUUGUCAUGUUGGUCCAGUUUCUGCAAUCAAGUGGAUGUCGCCAAACUUUUUAGUUACUCCUACGGGAAAAGUAGUCCCUAUGCCAGAAGGCAAAACAUCUUUACAAUUUAUGUCCAGUUCAAUAGAUGGCGGUAUUUUGAUGUGGAACAUGUCAGUCGACAACAUGGCUUUUGUGGAAGGGAAGAAGGUUAAAAAAUCAAAACGAGUUCCUCGAAGGCCAUCCGGAUUACUUGUCGAUGUUUCGCCUUUCAAAGCCUUAGAUCGUAUUUUACAACCUUGCUACAAAGUUAUACUAGGUAUUGCAGGACAGUCCUGGACAUAUUCAAUACAGAGUUUUGCUAUAACUCCACCUAGUGUUAACUAUGUCUACAUACCAAAAAACAAUGGCACUGGGAGAAAGUAUUUUAAUUGUGAAAUUUUAAAACAGACAGAAGACGAUAUGAAUGACGUUUCUUACUUUGGUACCCUGAACGGAGAACUUACUCGGGCAAGUUGGGAGGGCCAUGAAUUUAAUACCGGUGAAGCGGUAAAUUCUGAAUACAGUGAUAUAAAAUAUUGCUGCAGCAUACACGAUGGUGUCAUAUCUACUACUCAGAAAAAUCCAUUAAUUGAUUCUGUGACAUUAACAGUAGGUGGCAAAAUAUUUGCAAUUUGGUCUGAUAAAUUGUUAGGUCGACCAAUAAUUUGGAAAAAACGUCCUUACCGUUUAACGGACGGAGUUUGGUCACAAUACAAGCCUAGUAUACUUUUUUUAACAAAUUCUGAAGGAGAUCUGGAAACCUGGGAUCUGUUAUUGAAGAGUGACAAGCCCAUUUCUGUUCAAACUCUAUCUGGAACAAUGCUCACAGGUGUUAGUCUUCAUACCUUGCCACUGGCUAAAAAUAUAAUUGGUGUGAGUGAUGUUAAUGGUUCCUUUAGAAUGUUUUUAAAUCCACCAGUAUUUAUGUUAGGAAGUCCAAAUUAUAUAGGUCGAAUGGAAGCAAUGAUAGCAAGAGAAUUAAAAGUAAUGAAAUCUUUUAUUACUUGGCAAGAAAAUUUCAUAAAAAAGAAUCCGCACGUUUUACUUGAAAUUAAAAGAAAAGAAGGAGCACUCUUGGCUGAAAAAGAGGAGGAAAAGCGUAGGCUCAGGGAAGAAGAGGGGAAAAAGCGUGAAGAAGAACUGGAAGCAAGAAGAUUGGAAAGAAUGAAAGUCGUAGGUCCUGAAGAAAGGUGGCAAAAGAUAAUACAAAAAUUAAUAGAAAGAACAAUUGCAGUGAAGAAACGAAUCAAUAGAGGAUUAUUGAUAGAACAUGAGAAACCGUUGCGCGAAUUAGAAACCCAAAGAUUAGAGAAAGAAAGAAGAAUGCUGGAAAUAAUGAAAAACCAAAAAACUAUUUUCAAUGAUACUGUAGCUAUACUUUUCCCUGAAGCUAUAAAAAAGCCACAUGUAGCAAAGAAGAGUCUUCUGACUGAUAACAAAGAGACACUUAAGAAAGAAUACAUGGAGGAAUUUGAUUUUAUUGCAAAGUCAGCAGCGAAAAUGGUUAAAAAGAAUCCUUAUAAAGUAGGAUUCCGUUGGGACGCUACCCUUACUGAAGGCAAAGAAAGAAGAGCUGCCCUGAAUGCUCAAGAAGACUUUCUCAAGAUGCAUUAUUAUAGAAUUGAGGAGGAGUUUAGAGACUCAGUGACUGGUGCCUCUAUUGGGGUGCCUAAGCAGUCAGCAGAUGCAAAAACAUUAUAUGAAGACGAUGAAGAUGAGUCUGUGGAUGCAGAGGAUUGA